AUGGCGAACGUGGACGAUAUGUUCAGUGUGUUCGAUGAGGAGAACUCUGACGACGACGGAUCGGGAGUGCCGAUUGUUUUGGACACGGAACAAGAGCCCGACGGAGGUGGCGGCGGCGGCGGUGACGAUGUUGUAGCCGUCGAAGACGACACCAAUCGAGAAACCGCAGGUAUCAAACGUGAAUUUCAGGAUGCAGAUCCUCUGGAUGAAGACGGUGUGGCGGCUGCGAAAAAGGUGAAGGUAGAGUCCCUGCUGGAUGACAUAAAUUUGGACAGCAUCGAGAGUCACAUCAAGGUUCACACGAUUCAGUCGCCGGACGCGUGCACGCACGAGGUGGCCGUCUAUCCGGGCCAGAAGUACAUGCCACUGGUGGCGCCGGUCGGUCCACCCUCGAAGGAGUACCCGUUUGUGUUGGAUCCGUUUCAGCGUGAGGCGAUCCUGUGCAUCGAAAACAGUCAGUCGGUGCUGGUGUCGGCCCACACGUCCGCCGGUAAAACGGUGGUGGCCGAGUACGCGAUCGCCAAAUCGUUGGCGGACAAGCAGCGCGUCAUCUACACGACCCCCAUCAAGGCACUGUCGAAUCAGAAGUACCGCGAGUUUCACGAGGAAUUCAAAGACGUCGGUCUGGUGACGGGCGACGUGACGAUCAAUCCGACCGCCUCGUGUCUGAUCAUGACGACGGAAAUUCUGCGCAACAUGCUGUACCGCGGGUCGGAGAUUAUGCGCGAGGUCGGAUGGGUGGUCUUCGACGAGAUUCACUAUAUGCGCGACAAGGAGCGGGGCGUCGUUUGGGAGGAAACCCUGAUUCUGCUGCCGGACAACGUGCACUACGUGUUUCUGUCGGCCACCAUCCCGAACGCGCGCCAGUUCGCGGAGUGGGUCUGCAAUCUGCACAAGCAGCCGUGCCACGUGGUGUACACGGACUACCGGCCGACGCCACUGCAGCACUACCUCUUUCCGGCCGGUGGUGACGGUAUUCACCUGGUGGUGGACGAACGGGGCCAGUUUAAGGAGGACAACUUUAACACCGCCAUGAACGUGCUGCAAACGUCGGGCGAAGCGGCCAAGGGCGAUCUGAAGAACAAACGGGGCAGUCUGAAGGCGACGAACGCGACGGGUGAAACGAACAUUUUCAAGAUCGUCAAGAUGAUCAUGGAGCGCAACUUUGCGCCCGUGAUCAUCUUCUCGUUCAGCAAGAAGGAUUGCGAGAUAUUUGCGAUGCAGAUGGCCAAGCUAGACUUUAACUCCACCACCGAGAAGAAGCUGGUGGACGAGGUGUUUAACAACGCGAUGGACGUGCUGACGGAGGAGGACCGACAGCUGCCGCAGGUUGAGAACGUCCUGCCACUGUUACGCCGCGGCAUCGGCAUCCACCACGGUGGGCUGCUGCCGAUUCUGAAGGAAACCAUCGAGAUCUUGUUCGGCGAGGGGCUGAUCAAGGCACUGUUUGCUACGGAAACGUUCGCCAUGGGCCUCAAUAUGCCGGCCCGCACCGUACUGUUUACGGGGCCACGCAAGUUCGAUGGCAAAGACUUCCGGUGGGUCACGUCGGGUGAAUACAUUCAAAUGUCGGGCCGUGCCGGUCGGCGUGGGCUGGAUGACAAGGGUAUCGUGAUACUGAUGAUCGACGAAGCCGUAUCACCGGCGGUUGGCCGCGAGAUCGUGCAGGGCAAACCGGAUCCGAUCAAUUCGGCGUUCCACCUGACGUACAACAUGGUGCUGAACUUGCUGCGCGUCGAAGAGAUCAACCCGGAGUACAUGCUGGAGCGAUCGUUCUUUCAGUUCCAGAACCAAUCGUCGAUCCCGGACAUUUACAAGCGAGUGCAGGAGAAGCAGCGCCAGCUGCAGGCGAUCCACAUUAAGGAGGAGCAGUCGAUCGCUUCGUACCACCACAUUCGCGAGCAGCUCGAUACGCUCGGCAAGCAGUUCCGGGAGUACAUUACGCAACCCAUCUACCUGGUGCCGUUUCUGCAGCCCGGCCGCAUGAUCAAGAUUCAGUCCGAUGUGGGCGAGUUCGAGUGGGGCAUUAUCGUGAACUUCAAGAAGGAGAACGCGGACCAGAAACAGAACCCACUCAAGACGGACCAGCGGGUGGUGAUCGAUGUGCUGCUGCACGUGGCGGACGAUUUCGAGCGGGACGGCAUCCCGAAACCGUGCCCACCGGGAAAGCGCGGAUCGGUGGAGGUCGUGCCGGUGCUGCACAAGCUAGUGUCGCGCAUCAGCUCGCUGCGCGUGUACUACCCGAACGAUCUGCGCCCGGCCGACAACCGCCGAUCGGUGCUGAAGACGAUCGAGGAGGUAAAGAAACGAUUCCCGCAGGGACCACCGUUGCUGAACCCGAUCACCGAUAUGCACAUCAAGGAGAAGGACUUUCAGGGCGUCGUCGAUUUGAUCGACAAGUUUGAGAAGCGUCUUUUUGCGCACCCGCUGCACGAAUCGCCCGAGCUCGGCCGACUGUACGGCCGGUACACGGACAAGCUGGAGCUCGAGAAGGAACUGCGGGCGGAGAAGAAUGCGCUGCGCGAGGCGCAGAGUUUGCUGCACAUGAACGAGCUGAAGCACCGGAAGCGCGUGUUGCGUCGGCUCGGGUACUGCACCACGGCGGACGUGAUCGAGUUCAAGGGGCGGGUCGCGUGUGAACUGAGCUGCGCGGACGAGCUGCUCAUCACGGAAAUGGUGUUCAACGGUACGUUCACCGAGCUCGGUCCGGCCCAGGCCUGUGCGCUGCUCAGCUGCUUCGUGUGCGACGAAAAGAGCAACGAAGCGCCCUCGUCGGCCCAGGAACUUUCGGGCCCACUGCGCCAGAUGCAGGAUCUUGCGCGGCGGAUAGCGAAGGUUUCGAACGAAUGCAAGGUGGACGUGGACGAGGAGCGGUACGUGGAAUCGUUCAAGCCGUACCUGAUGGACGUGGUGCUGGCCUGGUGUAAGGGCGCCUUGUUUUCGGACCUCUGCCGGAUGACGGAAAUUUUCGAGGGCUCCAUCAUUCGCUGCAUGCGCCGGCUGGAGGAACUGCUGCGCCAGAUGGUGCAGGCGUCGAAGACGAUCGGCAACACCGACCUGGAGAACAAGUUCUCCGAAGCGAUCCGGUUGCUGAAGCGCGACAUUGUCUUCGCUGCGUCACUGUACUUGUAGUGCGUUAGCGAAAAGGGCAUUUGUCGGGGAACGAUCGUCAGGGGACCCAU